AUUGCCGAUCGGUUUGACUGUCUGAGACUGUUGGUGCAAGCUGUUUGGAGAAGCUGCAGUAUAUUUGUAGUCUUUAUCUUCUACUUGUACAACGAGAACGAUUAAAACCUUGUAACAACGCUGAAAUCACAUUUGAAAUCAAGAUGCCUGGUACAAAGCCAUUUGAACGUCUACCAACGAGUGUCAUUCCUGUCAAUUACAAGAUUCAGCUCCAACCUGAUCUGCAAAAGUUCACCUUCGCUGGCAAGGAAACCAUUUCAGUUCAGGUUAAAUCCUCUGUGGAUAAAGUGGUUCUGAACUGUUUGGAUAUUGUCAUCCAGAAAGCUGUCUACACUACCAAUGGGCAAGAAACGAGCAACGCAUCCAUCGAUUACAGCAAAGAGAAUGAAACCGCCACUCUUACAUUCCCCUCACCCCUUGCUGUCGGCAGCGGUGAUCUGGCCCUGGAGUUCACAGGAGAGCUCAAUGAUAAGAUGAAAGGGUUCUAUCGAAGCAAGUACACCACACCAGCUGGUGAAGAAAGAUACUGUGCUGUUACUCAGUUUGAGUCAACAGAUGCACGAAGAGCGUUUCCUUGCUGGGAUGAGCCUGCAGUUAAGGCGACCUUUGACAUCACAAUGGUGGCACCCAAGGAUAGAGUAGUGCUUUCAAACAUGAAUUCCAUCAGUGAUGAGACUAGCCCUGAUGACCCCAGUCUUAAGGUCGUGACCUUUGGCACCUCUCCAAUCAUGUCAACCUACCUCGUUGCAUUUGUAGUGGGCGAGUUUGACUUUGUUGAGGGGAGGUCUGCUGAUGGGGUUGAUGUUCGAGUUUUUACACCCCUUGGAAAGAAGGAACAGGGAGAAUUUGCACUGGAGGUUUCUCUGAAGACUCUGCCAUUCUACAAGGACUACUUCAAAGUGGCCUACCCUCUACCAAAGAUUGAUCUCAUAGCCAUUCCUGAUUUUGCAGCUGGAGCCAUGGAGAACUGGGGCCUUGUGACAUACAGAACGACAGCCUUGCUAGUGGACAUCAAAAAUUCAUCAGCAAAGGCAAAGCAGUGGGUUGCAAUUGUUGUUGGUCAUGAAUUGGCUCAUCAGUGGUUCGGAAACUUGGUCACCAUGGAAUGGUGGACCCACCUGUGGCUUAACGAAGGCUUUGCAUCAUGGAUCGAGUACCUGUGUGUUGAUCAUUGCUUCCCAGAGUAUGAUAUCUGGACCCAGUUCAUCACUAAUGACUAUACCAGAGCACUGGAACUAGAUGCACUCAAGAACAGCCAUCCUAUUGAGGUACCAGUUGGGCAUCCUGAUGAAGUCGAUGAGAUCUUUGAUCUGAUUUCAUACUGUAAGGGAGCCUCUGUCAUCAGGAUGCUGCACGAUUUCAUUGGAGAUGAUGCAUUCCGGAAAGGUAUGAACGUGUACCUUGAGAGGCACAAGUACACCAACACCUUCACAGAAGACCUUUGGCGAGCCCUUGGGGAAGCCAGCGGGAAGCCGAUAGAAGACAUCAUGGGCACCUGGACCAAACAGAAGGGUUUCCCAGUCCUCAAGGUCACCAGGGAGAUACAAGGAGAUAAACAAAUUCUUAACAUCUCACAGGAGAAGUUUUCUGCUGAUGGCCAGAAAGAAGAUGGAGAUUUCAAGUGGAUGAUUCCUAUCAGUAUUGCCACCUCCAGCCAACCAACCAAGACCAUUGAGAAGGUUGUCCUAGAUAAGGAUUCUCUCUCCGUCACAGUGGCAGCUGCAAAGAGUGAAGGAAUCAAGCUAAAUCCAGGAACUGUAGGAUUCUACCGCGUCCAGUACUCCAGUGAGAUGUUAGAAGCACUCCUGCCAGGAAUCCGAGACCAGGUCCUUCCAGCUAGGGACAGACUAGGACUUGAGUCUGAUCUAUUUGCUCUGGCUAAAACUGGGCAAGCAAGCACUGUGGAUGUUCUGAAGCUGUUUGAAGCCUUUGAGAAUGAGACAGACUAUACGGUAUGGACAGAGCUAGCAACCAACCUUGGUGCCAUCGGGGUCUUAUUGGCCAGUACGGAUCACCUAGUUCACCUGAGGGGCUUCGCCAAGCAGCUCUUCGGCAAGGUCUAUGCCAGCCUGGGAUGGGACGCCAAGGACAAUGAAAAUCACCUUGCUGCCUUGUUACGAGCCCUUGUCAUCAGGGUGAUGGGACGUAACGGACAUGAAGCAACGGUUGAGGAAGCUCGUAAGCGCUUCAAGGCACAUAGGUCAGGUGGUGAACAGCUCCCUGCCGAUCUCAGAAAUGCCGUCUACUUGACAGUGAUAGCUCAUGGUGAUGAAGACACUCUCAAUGACAUGAUUGAGUUCUUCAAAGUACAGGAUCUACAGGAAGAGAAAGAUCGUAUCCAAAGAUCCCUUGGUGCGAUCAAAGACCCUGCCCUCAUCAAGAAAGUGCUGGAGUUCUCCAUUGGGGAGCAUGUGCGAUCACAGGACACGGUGUUUGUGAUCAGCGGAGUGACAGGGACCAAGACGGGACGAGAGCUGGCAUGGCAGUUCCUCCAGGAUAAAUGGUCUGAGCUCUUUGAAAGGUUCUCAGGAGGUUUCCUUCUAUCUAGGCUUGUACAGUCGUGCACUGAAGGCUUCACCACAGAGGAGAGAGCGUUGGAGGUACAGAGCUUCUUUGAGGCUCACCCUGCACCUGCAGCUGAAAGGACCGUCCAACAAUCCCUAGAGAACAUCCGACUCAAGGCCAAAUGGUUAGCUAGGGAUGGAGACAGCAUCGGUCAGUGGCUCAGGCAGAAAGUCCAGCUCUAAAGCAACCAAUGCCGAGGUACCCAUUGUCCAAGCAUGGAUAAUGUCAUUUUACACACUUAUUACUGGUGAGGAGCUCGUUCUUGUCGGAGCAUAGUAUCUUCUUCCUAUGUAACUUUUUCUUUUGGAACACAAUUCACAAAAUAACCAAUGGCUUCAAUAAAAACCAGUAUUGAAUCUGUAAAUUCAUGCAACAUUUGCAAUUCAUCUGUAUCUCAAAAUACUUAAUUUGGCUGAAUAUUUCAAAACCUCUUUAAGAUGGAAUGCUGAAACAGCAAAACUUAGUUGCAAUCAUGUUUGAAUCAUUUGCGAUAUGGUCUUUUCUAUUUUCUGUAAAGCAGCAAAUUUUCAUCAUGUCCUCUUGACACAAUUAUGCCAAAAAAUGUCAACCUUCUUUCAUGCUAUAUACCUUCUUACUGAAUUACAUGUUUUACUUCCAACACUAAACGGCUUCUUCCUCUCAUUGAAUUCUAAUUGGCACAGUGCCAACUCCAGUGCACAGUCCAAAAUACAUGUAUAUGCAACUUUGUUGAUGACUAGUUAUCAAAUAUCAUAGUAUAGCAUAAGAGCGUAUUUUAUGUUCAGUGGAUGUUUAUUUUUGUCCAUCAUUUUUGGUUAUUGUAACUGUUCUUUUCGUUUCUUUCAAUAAUCAGCCUUCACAAUGUUAAUGUAUUUUGACGUAGUUUUAUAGCAAUAUAUGUGACUGGUUAAUAUUUCAGUCUAGUGUUAGGGUAACAACUGUCCCUCUGUUUACUAAAAUUGUCUUGGAAUGAAUUGUCAAUAGUAAUAUUUGCAGUGUUUUUUGUCUUUCUUCUACUUAUUUUUGUUGUGCUCAAUUGGUCCAGAAAUGUUUCCUGGCUACAGCAUUCACAAAGCAUGUGCCCAUUUUAUAUUUCAGGGAGAAAAGGAAACAAAAGUUACUUUUAAACCAAACUUAUCAUAAAAUGUUGACAUGGAUAGAUAUGACACAGAAUAGGUAAGCAUGUGACAUGGCCCCUGGGAACCUACAGCUUAAAUUUCUUCCUGAGGGAUUUGUUUAUCUUUUGAUCUUUAACCUGUGGUCUCGUGUAUAAGCAUUUAUGUUUUGAAAUAUAUGUAUAUUAAAAAGUUGGCUCACAAGCCGAAAUUGCUGCAGUAAUUAGACUAUCAUUGUUUAAAGGAACACACUUUUAUUUGUAUUGCUAGACCUUGAAUGCCCAGUUGAAAGAGUACAUGUAUACAGAUUGAAGUUCAGUAGAAAAUUCUUAGCUGUCUACGGUAAUCCAAUUCCCAAAGGCUCAAACAAUAUAUCCUGCUUAUAUGAAGUGUAUAUCCUCCCUGUGUUGAUCAUGUGGACUCUGGAGUUCUGACAUCAUGUAAAAUUCAAAAUGUAUUAAUGACUUUAAAGGAUCCAGACUCAAAGAACAGGUCCACUUUCCGAAGAAAAUUGAUGUACAUGUAUCUGUUUGGUCACAUGUUGUUUGGUUUUGUUUUGUUUAUCUGUUUAUUGGUUAGAUCUCUAUGGUAUUGACUAUUUUCUGAAAUUCAUCUAUCAAUUCUUAAAAGGCUUCAAAAGCUUUGUUAUGCAGAUUCCAACGAGGCGAGUGAACACUUAAAGUGACUUAAAGAAUUAUCUAUAUGUGUCUUAUGAAUUAUUUUUUCAUCGAUGGAGUUGUAAUUAUGAUCUCAACACCAAGUCUGAAGAUAACAAUGAUAUUGUUGGUGAUAUGAUUGCAAUAAAUUUGAUAAAGUCUGUGAGUUCUACUUAUUAAAUGUGAUAACGAAACAAA